UGCAGCUAAAGAGUAAUGAUCAGCCAUUCCCAAGUGAGUAAUAAUAAAAUCCCAAACAACUCUAAUUCAUAUAAACAAAUAGAUCCUACCUUCCAAACACGUAAAACAGAACCUUCCUUUCUAUUUCUUAUAUGAAUUGCUCUCUCUCCUUUGUAUCAUUUUCUCAAAAACUAUAGUGCCCCUGCCAACUCUAUUAGUCCAUAUGAUAUAAAAUCCGAAACUACUGAAGACCCAACAGGAAAAUUUGAGAAACAAAAAACCCGGAAACAACAUGGUGGUGUUCUGUUUUCUUGUGGAUCAGAAACGUGAGGUGCAAGGAAGCAAACCGGCCGCCGGAACAUGCUCUCGGUGCGGCAGCGGAGCCAGCGUGGCCGACAUGAGAACAGCCACAAGAUUUUGCUACGUGCCCUUUUAUUGGAAGUCUUGGAAAGCUAUAAUCUGCACCUUUUGUGGAGCUGUUCUUCGAACUUACCGAUGAAUUGUUCAUCAUCUAAAUGUUCAUACAUACAUAUAUAUAUAUAUAUAUAUAUCCAUAUCAACUGUCAACUGUUUUGAGGAUUCCCCUUUUUUUGUUUUUUUCAUUCUGACAAUUUGUAGCGUUAAUUGGCUUUGAGAUUUAUACGCGUUGAUUGGCUUAGAGAUUUGUACAAUCAUAUAAAUAUAGUUACAGUUCCUGAGUUGGA